GAAGUGAUCGCCAAGGUCGUUGGGCUUGGGGAGGGGAGGGAAGGGAAGGGAAGGGAAGAGGGAGGAGAGCAGGGGAGGGGACUGGGGGAGGGCAGGGGAUGGAGAGAGAGAGAGAGAGAGUGAGUGAGUGAGAGAGUCGAGGCGAGGGUAGGGAGGAGAAUGUGGGACGAGACGAGUUCGGUGGAGGACAGUGCGACUGGUGGAGGAGGCGGAGUCGUCGUCCUCGUCGUCGUCGUCGGUGCCACAGCAAUGGGCAGGAGGACGUCGGACUCUGGCGUGGGCGCAUUGUGCAUGGAGGGACAGGAAUGACAGAAGCGCAGGAUCGAGCAUAGGAGAGGGCGAGGGCGAGGCAGGCAGCGAGGCAGGGGAGGGGAGGGGAGGGGAGGGGAGGGGAGGGGAGGGGAGAGAGGUGAGGAGCCAGGCUCCGCAGUCGCGUGGCAGGAGGAGGAGCCAUGGGCAUGGAGCCCGUCGCAGCGUCGCCCGAUCACCAGAAGCAAGCGCACCAUCACCAGUCGAAGCAGCAGCAGCAGCAGCAGCAGAAGAAGGCGAGCUCGGAGAUUUCCGUGGUCGUGGCGAAUGGGAAUGCGAGGAAAGCAGCAGCAGCAGCAGCACCGACGAGCGCGAGCAACAACAACUCGGUGGCAGUGUCGCCGGCGCCAUCGCCCGCAGCGACGGUGAGAACGCCAUCGCCGACGCGCAGGAAGAGCACCGGGAGCCGGGAUUCGUUCCGCAAGCCGAGCCUCCCGGCGCGGCCAUCGCUGGAUGGGAAGUCUUUGCGCCGGGAUGGCGCCACGCCCACGCCCUCGAAGAAGAAUGUGCUGAGCUGCAGCAGCGACGACGAGGGCGAGGGCGAGGGCCGCCUCAAGCAGGGCCCGUGGUUCCUCAAGCUGGCCAAGUCGUACCACGCGCAGGGCGACAACACGCUCAAGGCCUUCCAGUACGCGCAGCGCGCCAUCCAGUGCUUCGAGCGCACGGCCGACGGCAAGGCCAGCCUCGAUCUCGUCGUCAGCCUGCACAUUCUGGCCGCGCUGCACUGCCGCAUGGGCCACUUCGAGGACGCCGUCGGCGCCCUCAAGCGCGCGCUCGAAAUCCCCGACCCCGACGCCGGCCUCGACCACGUGCUCGCCACCUUCGCCGGCCACAUGCAAUUGGGCGACACGCUCGCGCUCAUGGGCAAGCACCAGCUCUCGCUCUUCUCGUACCACGCCGGCCUCCAGGUCCAGAAGCACGCGCUCGGCGACCUCGAUCACCGCGUCGCCGAAACCUGCCGCUACGUCGCCGAGGCCCACCUCCAAGCGAUGCAGUUCGAGGAGGCGGGGGAGCUGUGCGAGCUGGCGCUGCGGAUUCAUCAGGAGAAGAGCUCGGCCGGGAGCGUGGAGGAGGCGGCGGACCGGCGCCUGAUGGCGCUCGUGUGCAGCGGCAAGGAGGACCACGAGGCGGCGCUGGAGCACCUGGUGCUGUCGAGCACGGUGCUGCUGGCCAACGGGCUCGAGAGCGACGUCGCGGCGGUGGACGCGACCAUCGGCGACGCGCUCUUCGCGCUGGGGCGCGACACGGAGGCCGCGCUCUCGUACCAGAAGGCGGUCACCGUCUUCAAGGCCACCAAGGGCGACGGGCACGCGUCGGUCGCCUCGGUCUACGUGCGAUUGGCCGAGCUGUACAUGAAAACCGGCAAGCCGCGAGAAGCCAAGACGUUCUGCGAGAGCGCGCUCAGGAUCUUCGGCGCGCAUGGAGCCGGUCACUCGGUGGAGGACGUGGUGUUCGGGCUGGCCGACGUGGCCGGCGUGUACGAGAUGAUGAACGAGAAGGAGCAGGCCAUCGCGCUGCUGAGUCGCGCCGUCGACCUGCAGGGCUCCGCUCCCGGCCAGCAGUUCACGGCGGCCGGAAUCGAGGCGCAAUUGGGCAUCGUGCAAUUCAUGGUCGGCAAGUUCGCGCCGGCGCACUCGUCGCUCAAGAACGCCGUGCUUAAGCUCAAGACCGCCGGCGACGGCAAGCGCACCGUGUUCCUGGGCAUGCUGCUGAAUCAGCUCGGCCUCGCUUGCGUGGAGCUUUGCGAGAUCGACGAGGCCGCCGCCACUCUCAUUGAGGCCAGGGCCGUCAUGGAGGAGGCCUGCGGGCCCCUGCACCCCGACACGCUGGCCGUCUGCAGCAACCUCGCCAGCGCCUUCGACGCCCUCGGCAGGACGCACGAAGCGAUCAAUCUGUUGGAGAUGAUUCUGGAAGUGAAGGAAGAUCGGUUGGGCACGAUCCAUCCGGAGGUCGAGGAUGAGAGGGAAAGGUUGACAGUUCUGCUGAACGAAGUGGGUCGGUCGAGGAAGAGGAAAUCGAAUACUCUCGAGGAAUUAUUGUCAAUGGCCAAAUUCGAAAGUGCGAGGCACUAGAAUAAUUUUUUUCUUUUUGUAGGAACGAAGUGCGCGGACUCAUUCACUCUUUCACCCACACGGCACUCCAGCAGCAGGCCACUAGCUCUCGAUCUCAUGUCAGGCCUCGUGGCUCAUCAAAGUAGUGACUUAUUGAAAUUAUCCUCCCAGUAGCGAAGAUGAUGAUGAUGAGGAAGAAGGUGAAGAAGAAGAAGAAAAAGAAGAAGAAGAAGAAGAAAGAUCUCAUACUGGAUCACCGAGCGUCGCCCGCAGGUGGUCGAGCGUCGAACUCACUGACGUAGAAAGAAGGUGGUGGACCUGGUAGUAGGAUUGUUGGAUACACUUGGGAUUGCUGGCGCUGCUCAUGAUUAUCGGGGUUCUGGAUUACGAAGUAUCCGAGCAGACUUGAGUCGGUGCAUCUUCAAGAAAAAAAUUUGAAAGAAAAGGUGAGAAGCCCUGGAGCCAUGUUCGCACCGUGGCAACGCUGAGGCUCAUGCAUAAACAUGAUAGAAAAUUAAAACCUUCCUUCUCGGUCUUGCUUGGGUCGAAGAGCACAGCAUGUGAGAAUGGAUCGGGUGUGCAAUGUAAGUCCAACACUACGAGGAUCCACGCAGUGGCAGCGGCCUCGUUCUGUCCCUCCAUUGGCCUUGUACCAAAGUACUCUUUAUCCUAUAUGGGUUGCUCUUCUCAUGGAGGGUGUAGCGUAGUGAUGAACUUCAGUGUAUACUAAAUGUAAGAAAUUCUUAUUGUGUGAUAAGUUAGAGUAGAAUUCUUUCUAGUGCACUCGUUGACACUGAGACGAAGUCGAGGUUCAGGUUAAUGGCAGACGACAAUCGUAAAAGCUUAGGAAGACGAUUCUUGUAGUUCGCCUAUCAACGUAUUUCACUAUUCUGCAUAGUAAGCUUUGUUCUUAUG